AUGAUUCCAGAACAAAGCCCGCCACUCAUCCCCUGGGUUACUCCCCCUCACAUUGCUAGAAUCCGCGACCGUCUGUACACGCCUGAAACUCCCCUUCAGUUCGGAUCGCCGUUGGAACUUGGAUCGCCAUCGAAUCGAAACUACCAUCCAGUAUCACCGAUGUUCUAUGACGACUUUGCGCGAGCCCCUUCACGAGCUGACACCCCGGACGGUCUGUUUCGGGAGCGCCUCCCCCGGGAUGGCUUCAAUCCCGUCGGUGUCUCCACCCCCAGCAUAGAGUGCACGGCAGACGAGGAGGUGUGGGUCACGAAUGGCGACAUCAAGUCCAUUCACACCGAAGUCCAAGUUGGGGUACGGCUUAAAGAUGUGGAGUGGCUCGGAGACAACUGGUUCGACUCGCUUCCCGUAUGGAUCGUCGACCAAGACACGAAAGUCCUCCGGUUCUUCUUGAAAGCCAUGAUGCAGCCCCCGCACCGCGUUCUUAACGCAGUCUAUCGCGGCGCCCGCAUCCCCUUCGAAGAAGUCGUCGCCGUCGCUCGGCUCGCCCACCGCUUCGACGUGCGCCACGCCCUCCACGCCGCGCUGCAGCACCUCACCAAGUUCUACACGACCGACUUCCGGAGCUACCACGACCACUCGCACAGCAGGGACCUCGACGUGCCCAGCGACGAGUGCGCCGUCGCCGCGAUCCAGAUCGCGCGCCUCACCAACACCCCGUCCAUCCUCCCGCUCGCCUUCUACCUCUGCAGCCUCCACGAGUGCUCGAACGGCUACCUGGACCCGCGCCUGCGCAUGCGCUUCGAGUGGCGCCCCUUGCACGGCCCGGUCGAGGGGCUCCCGGCCGAGGACCGCGACGUGUGCCUCAAGGGCGUGUGGGAGCUCUGCGAGGCGAUGGUGGGGCGGUACGAGAAGGUCUACGACGGGGGUGCCGGGUGCCGCGAGGAGUGCGCGAGGGCGCGCCGGCGGCUCUUCGAGGCGACGAACGCCCACGGUGAGUAUCUGAUGACGCGCCGCGAGGAGGUGGCCGUGGACGGCCUCUGCGGAAAGUGUGCGGCGGAUCCUGCCUGUGCCCCGAGGGUGGAGGGUUGA